AACAAACGCAAAGACACCCGCUCGUCUGCCCGGCAUGCCUGAACACGACCACGACGUUGAGCGCUACCUGCGCGAAAACCACCAGCGCCUCUUCGAGAACAACAGGAAAUGGGCUGCCGAGAGGCUCAAGCAGGACCCCGAGUUCUUCACUCGCCUGUCCGCCGGCCAGUCGCCCGAGUACCUCUGGAUCGGCUGCAGUGAUUCGCGCAUCCCCGCCGAGGCCAUCACGGGGCUCGGGGCCGGCGAGGCCUUUGUGCACCGCAACAUCGCCAACAUGGUCAUCAGCACCGACCUCAACGUCAUGAGCGUCAUCAACUACGCCGUGCGCCACCUCAAGGUCAAGCACAUUGUCGUCUGCGGCCACUACGGCUGCGGCGGUGUCAAGGCCGCCAUGACCCCCAAGGACAUGGGCCUGCUCAACCCGUGGCUGCGCAACAUUCGCGACGUCUACCGCCUCCACGAGAAGGAGCUGGAUGCCAUCCCCGACGAGAAGAAGCGCUACGACCGCCUGGUCGAGCUCAACGUCUUUGAGCAGUGCCGCAACGUCAUCAAGACGGCCGAUGUGCAGUACUCGUUUGAGCACAACCGUUAUCCCAUUGUCCACGGCUGGGUCUUUGGCUUCGAGGACGGCCUCAUCAAGGACCUCAACAUUGACAUGAGGAAGAUUCUUGCAGAUAUCCAGAAGAUUUACAACCUCACUGAUGAGUAA